CCUUGGUAUCAUAUCGAGGGUUUAAUAUCUGCCAUCUUUCCCCCUUUCUCUUCCAGCGGCUUCGCGGAAAAAAUAUAUCCCAAAUCCUCCCCCUUUCGUCGGCGAUCGAUCGCCCAAGAAGAAGGCGGCGACUCGGAGCCGAUUCGAUCGAUUCUUCUGUACUUCAGGGUUGGGAGACUGGAAUGGCGGAGAAUUUGGGACGAGAUUGAGGAGAUAAUGGUCGGAAUCCGAGGGGGGCGUCGCGAUUGCAUGGGAGAAGAAUGCCAGAACUGCGUAGCGGGACGCGUCGAGGAGGUCGUGCUCCGCCGGCGGCGGUAGAUAUCCCGGCGAGGAAGCUAAGGGUGCGGGCGGCGAAGAAGCCGGGGCCGGCCGGGGCGGGAGCGGCUGGGAUCGGGCAGCGGGUGAGGACCCGGGCGGAGGCGCGGCGACCGGCCGCAAAGUCGCGGCCAAGGGCGAGGUUGGCGAAGGGGAGGUUGGUUCUGGUGAACGAGGAGGACGGGAAGGGGGAAGAAGAGGAGAGAGUGUCGGAACAGUCGAAGGAGGUGGUGGUUGUUGAAGAGGAGGAGAUAAGAGGAGGAGGCCGAGGGAAGCGAGGAGAGGAAGGGGUAAAGGAGGAGGAGGUCGGGGGGAAGAAGGAUAUGAUGGGGGACGAUAGCGGUGGGUUGAGUGCCAAUCGGGUUGCAGCGCAGGAAGAGGAAGGGAGCACCGCACCUUUCCCGGAAAGGGUCCAGGUAGGAGGGUCGCCUGUUUAUAAGAUUGAGAGGAGGUUGGGCAAAGGUGGGUUUGGUCAGGUUUUUGUCGGUCGCCGUGUUUCUGGAGGCAGUGAACGCGCAACGGGUGCUGGUGCAUUAGAGGUGGCUAUAAAAUUUGAGCAUAGGAGCAGCAAAGGCUGUAACUAUGGUCCUCCAUAUGAAUGGCAAGUUUACAGUGCUCUUGGGGGCAGCCAUGGAGUACCUAGGGUGCAUUAUAAAGGGCGACAGGGAGACUAUUAUGUGAUGGUUAUGGAUAUGCUGGGUCCUAGUUUAUGGGAUGCAUGGAAUUCAUCUGGCCAAGCGAUGUCAUCUGAAAUGGUAGCUUGCAUUGCUGUCGAGUCCGUAUCAAUUCUUGAGAAGAUGCAUUCAAAAGGAUAUGUCCAUGGAGAUGUAAAGCCUGAGAAUUUUUUAUUUGGUCGGCCGUCAACACCCCAAGAGAAGAAGUUAUAUCUUGUUGACCUGGGAUUAGCAACGAGAUGGAAAGAUACUGCCAGCGGACAGCAUGUUGAGUAUGAUCAGCGACCAGAUGUGUUCAGAGGAACUGUUCGAUAUGCGAGCGCGCAUGCACACUUGGGACGAACUGCAAGCAGGAGGGACGAUUUGGAGUCUCUUGCAUACACUCUCAUUUUUCUUCACCGAAGCAGGUUACCAUGGCAGGGAUUCCAGGGCGAUAACAAGUCAUUUUUAGUUUGCAAGAAAAAGAUGGCAACAUCUCCUGAGAUGCUUUGUUGCUUCUGUCCACCACCUUUUAAGCAGUUUCUUGAGAUUGUAGUCAACAUGAAGUUUGAUGAGGAGCCAAACUACUCUAAAUUAAUUUCACUGUUUGAUGGGUUAAUUGGACCAAAUCCAGCAACUAGGCCCAUCAAUACAGAUGGUGCUCAGAAGAUUAUCUGUCAGGUUGGCCAGAAACGGGGCAGGAUGACUAUUGAUGAGGAAGAUGAAGGUCAUUUAAAGAAGAAGAUCCGUUUAGGAGUUCCUGCCACCCAGUGGAUUUCAGUAUAUAAUGCCAGGCUUCCUAUGAAACAAAGGUACCAUUAUAAUGUGGCUGAUGCACGGGUGGCACAACAUGUGGAGAGAGGAAAUGAAGAUGGCCUGCUUAUAAGCUGUGUUGCAUCAUGCUCCAAUCUGUGGGCACUCAUUAUGGAUGCAGGAACUGGUUUCACAUCCCAGGUUUAUGAAUUGUCACCUCUCUUCCUUCACAAGGAUUGGAUUAUGGAACAGUGGGAAAAAAACUACUUUAUCAGUUCUAUAGCUGGUGCUAACAAUGGAAGUUCUCUCGUAGUGAUGUCUAAAGGCACUCCAUAUACGCAGCAGUCUUACAAAGUUAGUGAAUCUUUUCCCUUCAAAUGGAUAAACAAGAAGUGGAAAGAAGGAUUUCAUGUCACAUCAAUGGCAACUUCUGGAAGCCGAUGGGGUGUCGUCAUGUCCCGCAAUGCUGGCUUUAGUGAUCAGGUUGUUGAAUUAGAUUUUCUCUAUCCAAGUGAGGGAAUCCAUAGGCGUUGGGAUAAUGGGUAUCGCAUAACCUCAGUGGCUGCCACUUGGGAUCAGGCUGCCCUUAUUCUAAGUGUGCCCAAGCGCAAGCCUGGGGAUGAGACUCAGGAGACUCUUCGAACCUCGGCGUUCCCAAGUGCUCAUGUCAAGGAUAAAUGGGCCAAGAAUCUCUAUCUUGCUGCUGUAUGCUAUGGACGCACUGUAUCAUGAUAUUUAUGCCAACCAACAUUGCAUAUCUUGAGAGCAGUAUUUUCCUGCUUGAGUUAAAUUUAGCAUUGCAAAUGGAUGGAUAACUGCUCCAAAGGCGAUGGUAGGCAGUUUUAUUUUCUUUUGUUGUCUUUGUUCGAUUGUAAAUUUUUCAGUCGGUGCAAUUAGCUGCGAAGGACUGAGAUUCCAUUGGAUGAUGUAUAUUUAUAUAUACCUUGAGAGGACCUAACUGCAGAGGCCCCAUGCAUGUAAUGAACAAACUUUGCACGGAAAUGCCAAACAGGUAAAGCGGCAUGCAUCUGUGGUUAGAAAACUCUAGUUUUAAGAGGCUCGGGGUGAUCGAACAUAUUAACCAUGGCAAUCUUAGUUCAGGAUGUACAUCAUCGCUCAUGGUUAUCAUGUUUAGGACAUAAUUUUCUGGUUA